UUUUUUUUUUUUUUUUUUUUUUGCUUUUAUAUUAUUAUUGUUAUAAUAUCGUCUCCUUUUUUUCGCUUCGUUUUGCUAGCUCAAGCGCAAUGGAAUCCUGACCCACGGCCCCUUAGCCGCUAGACUGCCAGUCUGCCAGUCGCAAUGGUCCGCCUCAACCGUAUUUCGUGCACAACAUCCAUUUUGCUAGCCUACCCUUGUUGCGAAUCAUCGCAUCCCUGUUUUACGAUGGCAAAACGCAAGUCCCCACGAUCUGGAAAAGGUGUGUCCGUGUGUGUGCCACCAUAAGGAGUGACAGCCAACCGGCGUAUGGUAUCAUUGGUAGAGGCUGUUACUGUACGUAACGACCGGCGGGAACCUGGGCCUUCAACCCACAAGUCGAUGAAACUAACUGCUGAAUCAGUUUUGAGCUUUGUGGUUCCUGUUCUUGCUCCCUUUUUUUUUUGGCUUUCUUUAAUAAUAUUUUAUGCUUUAUGCUUCUUUUUUCUUUUUUUUUUUUUUCUUUUUUUUCUUUUUUUUUUUUAAACAGUGCAUGGCUCGGCUUCGUUGGGUGGUGGGAACCCUCCUUUUUUGACUUUUGCCCCCGUUCCCUGUCUCGUCUCUGAGUUCGAUGUUGGCUUGGAUCCCCCAAAACGGACGACGUAAAGUUAAACUGUGUACGACUAAAACUGUAUGAAGGUGGUAGUAGGUAUGUAUAAGGUGUGCAGGCAUUGCAGGCACGAGAGGUGUGUUUUCUGCAUGUGGCUAUUAUGUAUCGUGCAAGUAGUCUGCAAAAUACAUACAUGGCAUCAUCAUCAUCAGCAUCAUCAUCAUCACUCUGUGUGUGUGUAGUUAGUCUGUCUGUGUCUGCGCACGUAUCCAAGUACAUGUACAUGUACAUACAAGGCGCAUAUUCUCGUCUGGCAUCUGCUUCAGCUGUUAUCUAUCCAACUCUCCCCUCCCCACCCCCCCCUUUCAGGUUGAGGAGUUACAUGAUACAUGCAAGGAGGAGGGACAUAGGCCCUGCUCUGCCUUGUCUCCCCCCCAACAUGUCUUCUUUUGCAUUUCCUAAAAAGGGUCCCUUGUUUGCUUCUUGUAUCAGAAAAGCCGAAGAAACUUCCAGUUUGCAUGCUUCAAAACGUACCUUCAAGCGCUUCUUUUACAUCUGCAGUGUUGUUUGAAGAUCCAUUUUCGCCUCGUGUCUUAAAAAGACUCAAGCGUGACGAUCUCAGAUCGAAUCUGGCUUGUGGGGUUCUGUCAUCAGCAGCAGGAAAAACAAAGCAAAAAGAAACUUUGAUAACUAACUAACUACCCUUCCUUCGCCCCAGGCCCUAAAUCAGGUUGGUCUAGUUUCGUACACUUGUAUCGGCUUGUUCUGUCCGGCGCACUAUAUAUGAAUCCGCCCACGCCCACCGCCCACUCGUGAGUUGAGACGCUUUUCCCCUCUUGCGCACUCCGCCGAGUGAGUGGGUGCUUUGCUUUACUUCUUCUUGUCCUAGCCACGCCCCAUCCAUCUAUAUAAUAAUUUAUUAUCAUGAUAAUACCCUCCCAUUAUUACUCCCCCUUUAACUAUAGACCUACCUAUCUAUAUCUAUUUCACGUAAUUAUUGUAUUAUUGGGCAGGGAGACUAAUUCGCUCCUGCUUAGAAUUAAUACUUACAUCUUCUUCACCCUUCUCCUCCUGAAACCACAGUGGAGCUACGCUUCUAUUGGCGGGACUAUCAAAGCAAUUGUUUUAUACCCGACCAUACUUGGUCCUUUUGUGCAAUCCUUUGGAACGAUGGCUCCGGCUCAACGACGAGGGCCUUGGGUACCUGAGGAGGAUCAAACAUUACUGCAGCUGGUACGCAGUCAAGGUCCGAAUAACUGGGUGCGCAUCUCACAGCACAUGCAAUAUCGAUCACCCAAGCAAUGCAGAGAACGAUUUCACCAGAAUCUGAAACCUACACUGAAUCAUGAGCCUAUCUCGGUUGAGGAGGGCCUGAUGAUCGAGAGGAUGGUGCACGAGAUGGGAAAGCGAUGGGCGGAAAUUGCACGAAGACUAGGGAACCGAAGCGACAAUGCCGUUAAGAACUGGUGGAAUGGAUCGAUGAACCGGAAAAGGCGGGGAUUAGCAAUUCAAGCCAGAGAGAGCCUUACGCCAUCUUCCCGCACAUUGAACGGUCGAGUCGAACCUCCUUACCCCAAAAGUUCCAUGGCGAUACACGGCCCGUGUGAUCGAAGCCAUUACCAGGAUCCGAACUUUUCCACUCGAACAUCGUCCUGGGUGUCGGUUUCUCAACGUGGGCAGCAGCAACUCCCUCCCAAAUUGCUAUGCCCUGAGGCCGACGGAAGGCAACGAAGGGAGCCAUGUUCGUCGACUGAGUAUGAAUACGGAUCUCCACUGGGAUGGUCGAGGCAGAUGCUUGACCACCGGUCUCCGAUCAGAAACCACCGCCAUCUCAGUCCAAUCGUCACAUAUAUGCCUCCUACGCAUACGGAAUUACCUCUCAUGUGUUCUCCUUCUACCUCCGAAAUGUCAAACUCGACCUCAGCCGGUCCACCCUCAAUGGUUUCUGAUCACAAUUCCAUCUGUUCUGCAUCUCCUCGAACCGCAGCAUCCCCUUCGCUAAAUCCAGUGCCUGUCGAAAUUCACCCAGGACAAGACGAACGGCGUAGAGGCAGUGCCCCGACCUGUCGAUCACCUCCCAACCCGACAGGCCAUGACGAAAAUUACCACAGCUCUAAAAACGCUGAAUAUCACCUGGAACCAGCGGUUCCACGCCGAUGGGCCCCAGAUAUCCCUGCUGCAUACCCUCAGGAACCUUCACGGCCCCCGCAUUGGAAGCACCAACACUCUAAUUCCGCCCCUCAUAACCAGCUUCCUCCGGCUUCAGAACCGCGAGCUCAUGUCCCAUCCCCACCUCGAGACUCGAGAAUGGGGCUUGAGACGCUGUUAAAUUAAUACCCACCUGAUUCAACCUUCCAAAUUUCUUUACAUACUUCAUCUCAUUUUUAAUGAAGCUUUGUAAUUUUUCCUGUUUCGCAAUUUUCCUUUGUUGCUGAAAUUUCCUUUUGGGUUUCCGCUAGUCGGCGGGGUGUAUUUUUGGUCGGCAUUUUGUUGUUUUCAUCAUUCUUUUGGCCAAUACGAUACGAGGGGAAUAUGGAUUUCUUUCUUUUUUCAUAUAUCACCAGCGCAUAAUGCCUACCAUCUAUCUACAUCAUGAUUGCUAUAUUUUCCUAUCUUUUCCUUGCUUGAUAUGCGGCUUCUAGAGAGCCGCCCGCCGAAAGCGUUCUUUUCUUUCGCGUUAUUCUGCACAUAUACGUUUGAAAUUAUUUCAGUACAUAUUUGUUUUUAAUUUCCUUGUGUUACUGGCGGAAAUGGCAUUUGCUCGUGGAUUUGGGACGAGCCCGGUGGAAAAAGUAUAAGGGCUGGCGGGCGGCAUUUGUUUUCUGCUAUUUUCACCCUAUUUUAACCAUCAAUUAUAUUUUCUCUUUACCAGCCCCUUGUUGGGUUUUAAUUUAUAUAUCUAUUUUCAUUUUUCACGCUGCUAUCUUGUAUUACCACCAUUAUAUCCUUGUCACCACUAUUUAAAAUUUAAUAUGUACUGUACCAGCCAGUACAUGCAUUGUGUUUUUUAACUUUCAAUCUCGGGUUGACAGAUUCGAAAGUUCAAAAGAUCUUCUGAACCCUUCCAUGCCACAUGCCGGUAGCUCUAACCGCGGUGUUAUCUAACUCCAGUCAGUUACCUCAUUCUUGAGAACUUACCCUUUCAUUCCCUUGCUUACUCAAAUCUGACUUGUUCUACAAAACUCACUUCUGUCUACAUUGGUUGCCCGCAGCCGCCACGAAACGCCCCAUAACCAUUCUUUCCUCCGAACUUUACCCUCAGAAAGGCGCGGCGGGAUUAAACGGUGUUUGAAUCUUUAGAAUCAAACUACACUAUACCUAAUCGCCCUCCCCUUUGGCACACAGGGCGGCAUUUCAAAACGGCAUUGGAGACGAGCCACCCUCUAACCCUCCCCCUUCCCACCCAACGUGUCUUCUUUGUUCGCUCCUUGUUCCUCGUUUCGCCGUUUCUGCCAUUCCGAAACGAAUAAGCGGCUCUUCGUUUUUGCUGAUCUUCGCAUAUUCCGAAGCAUGGGCUGCAGCUCUAACCUCGGCGGAUUUAAAAUAGUUAACCAACCCACGGAGAAACAACGCCCAGAGCCAAAAAGUAAAAAUAAAAUAUCGGAACUGCAACCUCCAGUUUCUUCCUGUCCACUAAGUUAACUAACAAAGCCGCUAUGGCAUUACUAAUAGUUGUGUGUUAGCUAACCCUGUUGCUUUCUCUCCUUCUCAUUCCCAAGCCCUUUCCAAGGCUCAGCCCAGCUAACUCCUGCACUACAUGUACGCAAAUUGCAUCUCCUCGUAUAUGCGUCUGCUGUGGAAGGCUGUAAGAGGGGAAAGAGAACAAGGCAAUCGAUCCGUUGUCUGAUAAACAAACACUCCAUCAUGAGAGCUCUCGUAUAUGUAAGUCUGUACUGUCUGUGCCUCUGUAUGUAUUGAGCCAUUUACUUUCCGAAGGACUUAGGCCCUCUUUUCCCCGUAACACAAGACGCACAGAGGGGGAGCGUGGAGAACUCUGGCACAUAUUUUAUGCGGUGUAACCGUCGGCAUUUUCCUAUUAAUUCCUUUAUAUAUAUAUAUAUAUGUAUUAUAUAUAUAUAUAUUGUUUUAAAAUGGUUUUUAUUUGUCGUUACUCGUUACGGAGUAAUUAGAAGCAAGAAAUGGGAAAUAAAAGGCAAAAGGAAAACCACUGGAGUUUCCUC